GGUUUAGGUUUCCUGCUCCUGGCGAGCCCUCCCCAACCUGAUGGAUGAGGAGCUCGGAGUCAGCCAAGGGUGGAAUGAUCGUCAUCGAUUCUAAAGCAGCUAAUCUCCUGCAUCGGGUCUCUCUUAUUCCACCCCAGAGAGGACAGCUGGCGUCUGGGAAGUGAGGAGCAGGAUGCCCCCCGGGGUUGACUGCCCCAUGGAAUUCUGGACCAAGGAGGAGAGCCAGAGCGUGUCCGUUGACUUCCUGCUGCCCACAGGGGUCUACCUGAACUUCCCGGUGUCCCGAAAUGCCAACCUCAGCACCAUCAAGAAGGUGCUGUGGCAUCGCGCCCAGUAUGAGCCGCUGUUUCACAUGCUCAGCGACCCCGAGGCCUACGUGUUCACCUGCGUCAACCAGACAGCAGAGCAGCAGGAGCUCGAGGACGAGCAGCGGCGUCUGUGUGACGUCCAGCCCUUCCUGCCCGUCCUGCGGCUGGUGGCCCGCGAGGGCGACCGGGCGAGGAAAGUCAUCAACUCCCAGAUCAGCCUCCUCAUCGGCAAAGGCCUGCACGAGUUCGACUCCCUGCGUGACCCCGAGGUGAACGACUUCCGGGUCAAGAUGCGCCAGUUCUGUGAGGAGGCGGCCGUCCGGCGGCAGCAGCUGGGCUGGGAGGCCUGGCUGCAGUACAGCUUCCCGCUGCAGCUGGAGCCCUCGGCCCGGAGCACCCCCCGGCUGCCCAGCCGGGCCCUCCUGGUCAACGUCAAGUUCGAGGGCAGCGAGGAGAGCUUCACCUUCCAGGUGUCCACCAGAGACGCACCCCUGGCGCUGAUGGCCUCCGCCCUGCGCAAGAAGGCCACGGUCUUCCGGCAGCCGCUGGUGGAGCAGCCCGAGGACUAUACCCUGCAGGUGAACGGCAGGCACGAGUACCUGUACGGCAGCUACCCGCUCUGCCAGUUCCAGUAUAUCUGCAGCUGCCUGCACAGCGGGCUGACCCCCCACCUCACCAUGGUGCACUCCUCCUCCAUCCUGGCCAUGCGGGACGAGCAGAGCAACCCCGCCCCCCAAGUCCAAAAGCCGCGCACCAAACCACCCCCCAUUCCCAUGAAGAAGCCCUCCUCUACCUCCCUGUGGGCCCUGGAGCAACCCUUCUGCAUCGAGCUUAUCCAGGGCAGCAAAGUGAAUGCCGACGAGCGGAUGAAGCUGGUGGUGCAGGCCGGCCUCUUCCACGGCAACGAGACGCUGUGCAAGACGGUGUCCAGCUCGGAGGUGAGCGUGUGCUCGGAGCCCGUGUGGAAGCAGAGGCUGGAGUUCGACAUCAGCGUCCGUGACCUGCCGCGCAUGGCCCGGCUCUGCUUUGCGCUCUACGCCGUGAUCGAGAAGGCCAAGAAGGCUCGCUCCACCAAGAAGAAGUCCAAGAAGGCGGUGGGUGUGGCCAGCGGGGGGCUGGGUCAGCCAGGCCAGUCCUGGACGCCCACCUCGGGCCUGCUCUGGCUUCCAGGCCCCACCCGGCGGGCUGUGAACGGAGCCAAAGGCUCUCUGGGCCUGGCCUUGGGCCUGGUGGGCGACCGCUGCCCAGGCGGUAAGGACAGUGCCCUGCUCACGGGCCGGGGGAAGCGGCCCUACGAGAAAGGGGAGCUGCUGAACCCCGCGGGCACCGUGCGCAGCAACCCCAACACCGAGAGCGCGGCCGCCCUGGUCAUCUGCCUCCCCGAGGUGGCCCCCCACCCUGUGUACUACCCGGCCCUGGACAAGAUCCUGGAGCUGGGCCGGCACGGGGAGCACGGGCACUUCACGGAGGAGGAGCAGCUGCAGCUGCGGGAGAUCCUGGAGCGCCGGGGGUGCGGGGAGCUGUACGAGCACGAGAAGGACCUGGUGUGGAAGAUGCGGCGCGAGGUCCAGGAGCGCUUCCCCGAGGCGCUGGCCCGGCUGCUGCUGGUCACCAAGUGGAACAAGCCUAGGAUGACCCCCUACGGCUGCCUCUCCACCGGGGACCGCACGGGCCUCAUCGAGGUGGUGCUGCGCUCGGACACCAUCGCCAACAUCCAGCUGAACAAGAGCAACAUGGCGGCCACGGCCGCCUUCAACAAGGAUGCCCUGCUCAACUGGCUCAAGUCCAAGAACCCGGGGGAGGCCCUGGACCGAGCCAUCGAGGAGUUCACCCUCUCCUGCGCCGGCUACUGCGUGGCCACCUACGUGCUGGGCAUCGGGGACCGGCACAGCGACAACAUCAUGAUCCGCGAGAACGGGCAGCUGUUCCACAUCGAUUUCGGCCACUUUUUGGGCAAUUUCAAGACUAAGUUUGGCAUCAACCGCGAGCGUGUCCCAUUUAUCCUCACCUACGACUUUGUGCACGUGAUCCAGCAGGGCAAGACCAACAACAGUGAGAAGUUCGAAAGGUUCCGGAGCUACUGCGAGAGGGCCUACACCAUCCUGCGGCGUCACGGGCUGCUCUUCCUGCACCUCUUCGCCCUGAUGCGGGCGGCAGGCCUGCCCGAGCUCAGCUGCUCCAAAGACAUCCAGUAUCUCAAGGACUCCCUGGCGCUGGGAAAGACAGAGGACGAGGCUCUCAAGCACUUCCGGGUGAAGUUCAACGAAGCCCUGCGGGAGAGCUGGAAAACCAAAGUGAACUGGCUGGCCCACAACGUGUCCAAGGACAACAGGCAGUAGCGGCCGAGGCCCCAACCUUGAACUCACCCCCACGGGGAAGAGCCUACCUGACUUUUGUUUACACUGAUUAUUUAUUUAUGACUUGAAAUGUUUCAGGAACUCAACAGCCAUAUUCAGGAACACAUCCUUCCCAGGGGAGGGGUGCUGCAGCCCCAGGGGCUGGUGAGAAGACCCUGAGAGGUGUGCACCCCGAGGUUGCUUCUAGCUGAGGCGUGUAGCCCCAAGUCUUCCAGUGGGUGGACCUGGACCCAGCCGAGACGGUCCUCCCCACCGGGCAGCCAGCCUUCUCGCCGGGACCCCGCGGGCCGCCGGCGCCCGGUGCCCGCUGUCCCCGCGGGACGGGACACCCACCUCUUCCGUUCGCCUCUCCGUCCUCGAGUACCCCCUGAGUUCUGGGCUGCUCCCAGGGAAGCCUGGCACCCCCUGAUGAGGGCGUCCACCUGCCACUUGUGAAGUGACCCACGGGUACGGGAUUUCUCUCGUCUCUGCUGUAAAGCAGUUUCAUUUGCGGAGAAGCAAAAAACAGCCAAGCUACUUCCUGAACCUCGAUUCAGCCCCAUAAAGUAUAAUAUAUGCUGGUCCUCAAAACACAUUAAAGAGCGUGACCAAGGUGACCUUGGUCAUGGGUCAAGGCGAAA